AUACAACAUUAACUUUAACAUGACAUACAGUAUGACAGUAAGGUCUAGCCGGAAGUAGAGGAUGUCGAGCACGUUGUUUGGUUUCACCGCCACACGAUGUUUUGAAUGAAUGACGAUUUAACCAAACAAGAAUUUAAGUGCUUACUAUAAUCACACUCGUUGCUAUAACCUGCAACCGAGUGCAAGAAAGACUUGGCUGUGCACAAUAUAGAAGAACGUAGUACACCAACGUCAAAGAGGAACAGGGAAACAAAUGGCUGGAAUUCUUUUUGAGGAUAUCUUCGAUGUAAAAGACAUUGAUCCAGAUGGAAAGAAGUUUGACAGAGUGUCUCGUCUGCAUUGUGAAAGUGAAUCUUUUAAGAUGGACCUCAUCUUGGAUGUGAACAUUCAAAUCUAUCCAGUAGAUCUUGGUGAUAAGUUCAGACUGGUAAUAGCCAGCACAUUAUAUGAAGACGGAACGCCAGAUGAUGGGGAGUACAAUCCUCAAGAUGACAGACCCUCUCGAUCAGACCAAUUUGAUUAUGUGAUGUAUGGGAAGGUUUAUAAGAUUGAGGGUGAUGAGACUUCGACAGAAGCUGCAACACGGCUCUCUGCCUACGUCUCUUACGGUGGCCUCCUCAUGAGGCUGCAGGGAGACGCAAACAACCUUCACGGCUUUGAGGUGGACUCCAGGGUGUACCUCCUCAUGAAGAAACUGGCCUUCUAAAUCUCGUCCCUCUUCUCCUCACUAUUCCACCUGUCAGAAUUUGCAUGAAAACCAAACUGAACAGAAAGAAAAGAAACUGAGAGUUAUAUAGAAGCAAUGUUUCAAUUUUAUAUUUGUAGAUUAAAAAAAUAAAAUAAAAAUAUGUUCCUCUUGAGAAAUGGACUAGCGAUUAGACUGUGACACUUGAACUGCUACAACCUCCAUUUGCUACUCUGUAAAUAUAUUAUUUUUAUUUUUUUUAAAUAUUUGUACAAAGUGCUCAUUCAUUUUGGGAUACUGUAUAUCUGCAUCCAUUUUGUGGUUUCAGAAUUAUGGAACGGUCCUUUGUUUGCAAAAAUUCUGAUGUGGUUUUGGAUUUCUAAAACUGCAAUUUUUAAUGGUGUCACCUUCAUAAUUGUAAACAUAAAGUGAAACUGGAAAAGCAAAAAAAAAACCUUUUUGUUCUUCAUGGCUACUUGCAAAAAAGUAUGUGAAACAUUUUUGAAAUUAGUUGGAUUUCAUAAAAUGUGAUCUGAUCUUUGUUGAAGUUACAACAAUAGACAAACACAGUCUGCUUAAACUAAUACCACAUGAUUGUGUUUUCAUGUGCUGUAUACAUUCGACAUGCCAUGUAAAUCUUCGCGUUGCAGGGGAAAAAGUAUGAACCCCUUGGCUAAUAACUUCUCCAAGGACUAAUUGGAGUCAGUGUCAGCCAACCAUGAGUCCAAUCAGUGUGACAAGACUCGAAGUGUUGGUUAAAGCUGUCCUGCCCUAUCUAAAACACACACCAUGUUGGAGUGUUCUAUUCUCAAGAAGGAUUAUCUGGCGCAAAAGAGCUCUCAGAAUACCUAAAACUGUCAUCUUACAAGAAAGUAUCACAAAAGUAUCUCUAAAACCCUUGUUGUUCAUCAGUUCAUGGUAAGACCGACCUAUAAAUGGAGAAACUUCUACUCUCCCUAGGGGUGGUAGUCCUGUAAGGAUAACUGAAACAGCUCAGCGCAGAAUGCACAAGGCGGAAGAAAAAUCCUCGUGUUGGCUAAAGAUAAAAUCUCUGCCACGACAUGCUAAUAUCGCUGACAACUUUAUAUGCACUAAAUAAGUCAUGCUAGUACAGAAAAUGAUGUGCAAUAAUACAAUAUACAGUGCUCAACAUAGAUGUGUACCCCAACCGAUUUGUUAGAAACCCUGGCGUAUCCUUUAAGAGUUCUAUGGUAUACUAUACAGUACUUGUACACAAAUGUGGGCCACUUAUUACAAAUGAGAUUUGUGAGUGUAUACAAAAAUGUAACUUCUAACAUUUCUUUAAUGUUGCAAAAAUGAUUACGCACAAAUCAGUCUAACAAAGCAAAUUGUUUUGAUUAAAUAUAAGUUUAAGUUUUAAGUUCUGAACCAGCUAAUCAUCAGUGUUCUGAAAAUGUAUUUGCAUGGUGUUCACUGCUAAAUUUUCAAGUGAGCUCAGUUAUGUCAAGCUAUGUAUAGUUGCUCCUCAGCAUUUUUCAUACAAAUGUGACGUUACUCAACAAAACGUGUUUCCCCCCCCCCCCCUUCUUUCCUUUUGAGGUUGCAGCAUGCAUCUAAAACUACUGACACAUUUCCUCCUUACAUGGCCAUGGUUUUACCUUAAAAUAUGUGCUUAACAAAUUUAUUAGACCACCACCCAUCCCAAAGAGGAUUUUUGUUUCCAAAUUGUAUUUCUAAUGCUGAAAUAUUAUCCAUUAAUGUUCACUAAAAUGCUCAGUAUUGAUUUUGUUAAUCAUUUUUAUUAAAAUGUCAAUUAUUUACUUGCA